AUGAUGGUAGGGUUUAUUGUGGAUAAAUUAAAAAUCAGCGAGUUCACACUGAAGGACAUCAAGCGGUGUCACAGAAUGGGCCAAUCAAAAAACACCAGCGAUAAGCCUCGACCUAUCAUCAUUAAGUUCGAGCAGGCAGCCAUCCGUGACCAGGUCUGGUUUAGUAAAGCUAAGCUUAAGGGUUCUGGUACAACUAUCUCGGAGUUCUUGACUCAAUCUCGCCGAAGUACUUUUAUUGCGGCUCGUGAGAUAUUUGGAGUAAACCGGUGCUGGACACAGGAAGGUAUUAUCCACAUAUUCAGUCCUGAUAAUACUAGGCACCGCUUAACCACUAUCGCAGAGCUUCAAUCGUUACAACUCGAGACCGCAAAGCUUGUGGCAACUUCAAAGGCAGUGCCAAAAGCUAGGAGGGCUGCGGGCGUCAAGAAAUAG